AUGUCGCUCGACCAACCCCCGAGCCCAUUGCCGGGGGGCGGCUGGGCCUCUCCCGGCCUGGGCUCCACCACGCCGGUAGAUCGACGCUCCGCGCGAUCCACGAGCCCUUCGAAACCAAACUAUGGCGAGUUGAACGGAGGCCCGGUCACAUGGGAGAGUGCAAAGGCGAGCAGUGCAAAGGUGAACAGCUAUCGGCCCAAACAACAGCCAUCGAAUCGCGGGUUCCUGGCGCGCCACAUUCGGAACUUCUCCUCUGGCUUGCCCAUCUUUUCCCGGCCAGCGACAGAAGAUCGAUAUGCGGAGAAAGAGAAGCUUGGUCGGGGUCGGAUACCGGGUCGCAAGCCAUGGCAACGUUGGACUCUGCGCGACUUGAAGGAGCUGCCACGACUCAUUGGCCUACUUUUGCUGCGGAGGAAGAAGUAUGUGAUGAUGGUGUUGCUGUUUGUGUUGGGCGUGGUGUUGUUUAACAAUCCGACGUUACGCCAUUGGUACCGCCGACAUCCUUCCCUCGGCGGCGGCAGCAACUUUGUCAUCAUCCUAGGAGCAAAUCAAGGGGGUGGGGUGAUGGAGUGGAAAGGGCCGCGAGAAUGGGCCAUCGAGCGCGACAGUGUGCGCAACAAAAAGCGCUACGCCGCCGAAUGGGGCUACGAGCUGGAAAUCGUCGACCUGGCGACGAAAAAGCGCUACGCGCACGAAUGGCGCGAGAGCUGGGAGAAGGUGGACAUAGUGCGCAACUCGAUGCGAAAGUACCCCAACGCCGAAUGGUUCUGGUGGCUCGACCUCAACAGCUUCAUCAUGGAGCCCAGCGUGUCCCUGCAAGCGCACCUCUUCAACGACCUCGCGACCAACACCUACCGCGACAUUAACCUCUACAACCCCCUCAACAUCUCCCACCCGCCAGACCCGACCAAAGACAAUCCCGCCUUCACAAACUACCUCGACCCCAUCUCGCGCUCCGCCGUCGGCGACGGCAAACCCGAAAGCAUCAACCUGCUCAUCUCGCAGGACUGCGGCGGCUUCAACCUCGGCAGCUUCUUCGUCCGCCGCUCCGCCUGGACCGACCAGCUGCUCGACAUCUGGUGGGACCCGGUCUUCUACGAACAGCGCCACAUGGAGUGGGAGCACAAGGAGCAAGACGCGCUGGAGUACAUCUACACCAACCAGCCGGGCAUGCGACCGCACGUGGCCUUCGUCCCACAGCGCCUCGUCAACGCCUUCCCCAACGGCGCCUGCGGCGACGACCGCGGCAUCCCCGAGGGCGGCUGCAGAUCUCUCAUCAAGCCUGGCGCGGCGAUUGAAAUGGCCGAUCUGGCGAAGUGGGAGUGCGGGCUGCAGGGCAUCCAUUACCAGGAGAAGGAGCGCGAUUUCAUCGUCAACAUGGCCGGCUGCGAGUGGGGCCGCGACUGCUGGGGCGAAAUGUACAAUUUCCGCCGCUUGUCGAAUCAUUUGAAUCGCAAUCGGUGGGAGAAGUUUAAGGAUUGGGUGAGCGAGAGUUGGAGGAGGAGGUUUGAGCAUAAGCUGGGCGGGGCGGCGGCGGCGAAGGUGAAGUGA